GUGCUACUGUAAAAUGGUUAGGUGACACAGCUAGAGUGAAAUGGUUCCUAUUGCUUAGACUGAUCUUCAACCAUUCGCACCUACAGUAAUACUGGUGCGUAGUUGGUGCGCAAGGAUGGGCAAGCUACCAUACUAUUUUGCACAUCAAAAUCAAUACAUCGCGGCUUUAGCAGCUUCCUAUGGCGUACUAACGAUCGGAAUGGUGUUUGGCUGGUCCGCACCAGCAGGACCCCAGAUACUCGAAAAUGGCGAAGGAAACCUCAACCUGACUGACGAUCAGUUUUCGUGGACGAUUGCCUUUAUGCCUAUCGGUGGUGCGAUUGCGGCCAUACCAUGCGGGAUGAUGCUGAAAUCGGAAGGACGCAAAAACACCAUCCUUUUCUUCGUUUUACCACUACUGCUGGGAUGGGUGCUGUUGACAUGGGCCCAAGCCAUAGUGAUGAUGUAUCUGGCCCGCUUGCUGCAGGGAUUCGCUGCAGGAGCUUACUCGAUGUCGGUGCCGAUCUACAUUGGAGAAAUAGCAGACCAACGUAUUCGGGGCACUGUGGGCAGUUUCUUCCAGCUCAUGCUGAACCUGGGCAUGUUGAUGUCCUUCAGCAUUUCCGCUGGCGUGAAUGUGUUCCAGUUGAAUAUUAUUUCCGGAUUCAUCGUCCUGCUGUUCGGUCCCAUAUUCAUGCUGAUGCCAGAAACUCCUUCCUGCUUGGUUGGUCUUAAACGGGGCCACAAAACUAAAGCAGUCGAGACGCUCAAAUGGUUACGAGGUCCAAAAUGUGAUGCUUUUUACGAGAUAGAGCAGCUCCAGCUGGAACAGGACGCACUGCUGAGUCAACCCAAGAAAUCGAUGAAGAAAUCAUUAUUCACCCCGGAAACGUUGAGUGCGCUGCUCGCCAUGAUCGGGCUGGUAACGUUCCUGCAAAUGUCUGGCAUCAACGCGGUGCUGUUUUAUGCUACAGAUAUUUUCAUGAACGCUUCGGAUUCGCUUAACCACGAGGUCGCUACCAUUAUCGUGGGUGCAAUGCAGUUCUUCGGUACAUUGCUGGCAGCAUUCACCGUCGAUCGAGUCGGACGCCGCUGGCUGUUAAUGAUUUCGGCCAUCAUAAUGUGCGUAUCGCAUGUUGUCCUGGGCGUGUACUUUCACCUAUUGCAAAACAGUCCAGCACAGGUGGAAAAUCUCGAAUGGCUACCCGUGUUUGCGCUGUCCCUGUUUGUGACGAUGUUUUCGAUCGGCUUUGGGCCCGUACCGUGGAUCAUGAUCGGUGAAGUGUUUGCGAUCGACGUGAAAGAUCUCGCCAGCUCGCUGGCAACGUUCACCAGCUACGCACUGUCCUUUAUGAUGACGAAAACGUUUAAUCCGCUUCGGAAUGGGCUAGGCGAGGCUGGCACAUUUUGGCUGUUUGGUGGAUUCUGUAUGCUUGGUGCCAUUUUCGUGUUUCUAUUCGUGCCGGAAACAAAGGGUAAAACAUUCGAUCAGAUACAAAAACGGUUAGCAAGCAGCAAAGUGUAUUUCAGGGCGGAAAAGUAAGUGUUGCUACAUGUAUCAAAGUUUGUUUAGUUGAAUUGCUUUUAGUAGAAUAGUGGACAACAAAUUAACAAUUUCGAACAAUUCCGUAUAGAAGGUGCCAAAGGGGAGCAUUUAUUGCAAUUCGGUUAAAAUCAUUUACUCGAUUUCAUUAUUACACAUGUAUGUAGUCACCUGAUAUUAAAAAGAAUAAAGACAAUAAAUUUCGUGACCUGCAUUGGGUCUCGGACAGAA